AUGCCAGACUCACAAUACUUAGUUAGUUUAAAGAGUCGGUGCCAUAACAAAACAAAAUUUAGUGAGGAAGACAUACCUGCAAAGUAUAAAUGUGAACCAGAGCAAGAAGAAACGGACAACAAGAGCUCUGAAGAUGAGCAGAACAGUAGUAGCAAUAUAGAU